AGAAGUUAGCUAAAUCUGGAGUUCCCCUUUAAAACACUUUACUGCUCCUCCUGGCAGGAUGUGCGGUUGUAACUCAUCCACUAUAAAUAGCAUUAUGUCCAGCUUGUAGGAUAGUGCACUUAUGGAGGUGACUAAUGUCUGUUGAUGUUUUGCACGGACGAUACGUGUUUUGUCCUUGAGAAGUGAUGGUUUCGCUCCUCUCUGAGUGUGAGCGCAAUCUGUCCUCCGACUAUCUCCAGAUCUCCAGUAAUUACAGAAAACAAGGCCCGGGCGGUGUGGGCGGAGGCGGCCAUAAGACACCUGCUCCUCCUGAGGUACAGGUGAGACAAUACCUCAGACAUCAUCCGAGCUGCUGCUUGUGACGGAUCCAGACGGGACCCGAGUCCGGUACUCCUUGCGGAAAUGAGCAUUUCUUGUGAACCCCCAGUGAUCAUUACACCAGACGCAGAUGUCUGGGAAAUCGAUACCAGUGCCUAUGCUGACUGUAGGCACUUUGUGGACUGGGACCAAUUCCCCGCUAAAACCGGACCACUGAAAACCUCCCAUGUGGAGAUUCCUCAAUCACAGAAGGACCUGAAGAAGAUGGCAAGAGACGGAACUUGGGGUGAAAAUCGAGCCGUGCGGGCUCAAGCCUACAACCAGAUCACCAAAAAUAUUAAUUGUCAGAUAUUUACACCCACCACAACCGUUUAUCAUAAUGUGUCGGAGCGUCUUUUCGGGCAGAGUGGACUGGAUGAUCACCCGUUACCAGAAUUCCUGGAGUGUUGUCCCAUGCCCAUGUAUUGCCUGAAUGCUCGAGGUGAAACUGCUGUGAAGAAGAUACUUAUAUGCAUUGGUGACCAGUAUCCAGACAUCACAUACUGCCCCACGUUGCCCGCGGUGGUGGCCCUCUUGAUGCAUUUUAGUGAAGAUGAAGCAGAGUGUUUUGAGAGGACAUGCCGCCUCAUUUCAUGCUCGGAACACCACAAGACUUACAUCGAGCAAAGUUUCUUGUCCUAUGAAGCUUCCGGCAUGACUUUUGGAGACUUAGCCAAAAAGUAUUGCCAGGCUGGCCAUAAGUUCAUCACUACCCACUGUGAAAACUCAUCGGAAUUCUUCUCAGAUUGGUUGAUGUGGAUCUUUGGAGACUUGCCCUUUGAAUACAUCAUCAGGGUCUUUGAUAUCUUCCUUCUUGAGGGCAACAAGGUGCUGUACCGGGUGGCUCUAGCCUUGCUCAAGCAGUACAAGCUUCACACCGAGUAUGAGGGUCAGGACGUUAAAAAUGACAUCCAGGAAUUUGUCAAGAACAUCUCCAACCACGUUUGUGUGGAGAAGCUGUUAGAGAAAGCCUUCAGCAUUAGGCUUUUCUCCCACAAGGAGAUCUGGCUUCUACACAUGGCCAACAAAAAGGCUUUGUCGCAGAGUGGGAUCACCGUCAUGCAACCAAGACAACCGGCUCACAUGUCCAUAGACAUCACACAAUUCUCCUCGGAAAUCGUAACAGCCCAUGAAAUGAGGACGGUGUGGUCAUGGAUUCCAGAACGCUACUCCCUGUACCCCCCAGUUCUGUUGUUCUCUACCCUUCAGCAUGGCUAUAGUCUUCAGAGAUUUUAUUCACAUUGUGAAGGGAUGGAGCCUACUGUCUUGCUCAUCAAGACCACCGAAAACCAGGUGUGUGGGGCCUACCUCUCCACAGACUGGAGUGAAAGGAAGAAGUGCUGCGGACAGGUCUGCACGUUUUUUGGAACCGGAGAGUGCUUCGUGUUUUCUGUAAGUGACCGGCUAUUCGGCCCGGACAUGGAGAGGUACCAGUGGGUCGUAGUGAGGAAACCAGAGAUGGUGAAGACCGCCCCGCCUUCCCCACGCUCCAGACCUCGAUCUUACUCUUAUGGCGCUCGUCUUUCCCCAACCCCGAGACGUCGGUCUUCCACUAUGACCUCAGCUCCCAGCAGUCCCUCCCAGUCUACAAAUUUCCUGACCGUCCCAGCGGAAGGAAGCCCGAACCGCUUAUCUCCGUUCCUCUCUGUACGACAUUUCCAGCUGCCCUCUAAAACGGCCUCCAUGUUUAUGUCUGGAAACAGCCAGGGCUUUAUAAUAGGUGGAGGCGGAGGACAAGCCUUGAAUAUUGACGCUGACCUCAAUAUGGGGAGGACAGAGCAUUGUGAAACCUUCGACAACCCGCCUCUGUGUGAAGAAAACUUUCAUAUACAGCACCUGGAAGUCUGGGGCUGCAAAAACUCCUAAAUCUGCAAAAAAAAUGUUAUAUGUAUAUAACCCCAAAGAGAUGACCCUUUGUGCCCUUUAAAUAGCAAGGGAUUGCCCUGGGGGUGUUAAAGAUGGCUGAUCGAAGGCAAGAGAUAUUAUGACCAUUAAUAAUGGCAGGGGUUUGCCUCAUUUGGACACUAGGUGGCGAUAGAUAUUAUGACCAUUAUUAUUGACAGACAUUUGGUUCGUUUGGACACUAAGUGGCGAUGGAUAUAAAUGACCGUUAUUAAUAGCAGGUGUUCUAAUUUGGACACUAGGCGGCGAUAGAUUUUACGACCAUUAUUAUAUAGAGAAGUUUUGUUCAUUUGGACACUAGGUGGCGAUAGAUAUAAUUACCGGUACCAUUAUUAUUUAGAGAAGUUUUGUUCAUUUGGACACUAGGUGGCGAUAUAUAUAAACACCAUUAUUAUUUAGAGAAGUUUUGUUCAUUUGAACACUAGGUGGCGAUAGAUUAUAAUUACCAGGGUACCAUUAUUAUUUAGAGAAGUUUUGUUCAUUUGGACACUAGGUGGCGAUAGAUAUAAACACCAUUAUUAUUUAGAGAAGUUUUGUUCAUUUGGACACUAGGUGGCGAUAGUGAAUGACCAUUAUGAAUAACAGAAGAAUACUUCAUUUGGACACAAGGUGGUGAUAGAUAUAAUGACCAUUAUUAAUGGCAGGUUUUCCCUCAUUUGGACACUAGGUGGCGAUAGAUCACAAAGUGCCCUGUUGGUACCCCCAACAAUCAGACGUAAUCCAUGGGGAACCUGGCAGUAAGUCUUCAAAUUCCCUGCAGCGCCAUCACAGGGGAAAUGAGGCAUUACACAGUGUCCAUUCAAAUCAGUGGUUUGUCUGUGUAAUGUAGGACAGGACGGGUCCUCCAGAGGAAGAGACUCUCUUUGCCCGAGUGAUGAGGACCCUGAACUAAUACCGUGUAUGACAAUGGGGUUUCUGGGCUGGACAGGCCCUAAAAGGGGGCUUCAUUUCAUAUACAUCUCUGGCAUAUUGAUAUAAUUACGCCAUAAAUGUCAUCAAUCACUAAACCGAAGGGUCUGCUGUGAUUCCUGUGCUGAGUCUUAGGCCUCAUGCACACGGACCGUAGCAGGUCUGUGCCUGUAUUGCGGUCGCAGCACGGCCAUGGCGGCACGCUGUUGUUGCACGCUAUUCCUCCAAAAAUAAACAUUUUCUUAAACUUCUGCAUUUUGCUGUUCCUCUGUUAUUCCGUCUGGAAAUGUAUGAUUAGAUUUGCAUAAACUGACAAUAGCCUUAUGUUAUGGGUAGAAAUGUACUGUUCCCUCGGUGCUAAACACUCCGCAAUAUUGGGCGCAGGUUUAAAAAAGCCCGUAGGUUACGGCACACUGGCAAAAAUGCUGCCAGAUGGAUUUGCAUUGGGAAAAUCAGUCUGGUGGCGGUUCCCUGGGUCAUUCUGAUGAUGCGCCGAAACGUGACAGCGCAUGUGCUCAAUCCGUCACUGCUGGUACAGGAGCCGGUCGAGGGACCAGGGAAGCCUCGGCACAGGAGCGGCAGAAAUAUAAUCAGAACGAUUUCAAGUCUUAGAAUCCACUGCAAAAAAAUCUGCUGAAAAACCAGCACAAUUUGGUUGCAGAAUUUUUUACUUUAUUUUUAAAAAAAUUUCUCUGCAGAUUCUGGAUUGGAUUUUUGCGCUGCAAAUAUAAACCUCCGUGAACUUAGGCCGCUGCCUGCGGAUAUAGACGUGCAGAAAAUUCCAUACGAAUUUGCCUGCAGAUUUUUUUAUGUUUGCGCACCAAAUCCGCAUUUGCUACAUGCGGUUUUUGGCGUGGAUUUGAUGCGCUUUUGCCGCAGAUUUAACCCUUCCAUUGCAAAGGGCGAAAUCCGCACCAAAAUUUGCACAGUUGACAUGCUGCGAUACAGCGCCAGCAAAGUGUAUGAGAAUAGACAAAUCUCAUGUACACGUUGCUUUUAUUAUUCCAUUCGGAAAUUUACCUGCCGCGUGGAUUUUUAUAAUCUGCUGUUUGUGCAGGUCUUUUAUGCGGAUUGCCCCCUCCUUUUUUAAAUUUUUUUUUGCUUAAUGGAAGGGUGAGUGCUGUGGCAAAACCGCAUCAAAUCCGCACCAAAAAACAUGCCGUUUUUUUGUGCUCAAAUGCACAUAAAAUGUAAGUAAGGCCUCAUUCAACAUACGUGACAUCAUGGCAGUGGUUCAUCCAGAAGAUGUCGUGAAGGAUCCAUGUUCGGUCCGUGUGUGUUUGUAUUUUGCCCAAUGUAGUCAUCCGAAUUCCAUGGACAAUGGUCAGCGAUCAACGAAUGAUCCACGAAACACAGGAUCCGUCAGCACGGACAUAAAUAAGUGAUGCUUCUGUGACAUAAACACGUGGAAAUUCACGGAUGUGUGAAUACACACAUAUAA